GAGACAAAUGGAGAGAAAGGAGGAAAAUGAUAAACCAGUCAUUCAACAUGAACCUCAUGGAGAGAUUCAUGCAAGUUUUCAACAGCGCAAGUGACGCUUUGGUGAAGAAUCUAGAAAAAGAAUCAGGAAAAGACUGUACCGAUAUAUUGAAUUAUACCAACUUUUCUGCUCUGGAAAUUGCUUGUGAAAAUCUCAUGGGUAUCAAACUGAAACCGGAAGAAAAUGCAGCGGAAGAAGAAUAUAUCGAAAAAACUAAAGUGAUGUUACGAAUAGUCGGCGUGAGAUUCUUCUCCUUUUGGCAACGAUUCGAAACGAUCUUUCUUAUGUUUUCCAAGCACAGCAAAAUCUAUUUGGACUAUGUCGGUACGCUGAAGAAGUUCACGCUUGAUGUCAUCGAAAGACGAAGCAAAACUUUCAAAGAAGAGAGAAAAGAAGUUGGUACUGAAAACGAUUUUGGGAUAAAAAAAAAAGCUGCUCUGAUGGAUAUAUUGUUGGAGGAAAGUGAAAGAGGCACGCUGACGUAUGAAGAUAUCAGGGAAGAAAUUGAUACCUUCAUGGUGGCUGUAAGUAAAAAUUUGGUGACUUUGAAUAUGUUUCUGCUAAAUAAGAAAUUCCCAGUAAAAAAUUAUAUACAGUACGUUCCAGAUAAAACGGGCCAUCUUGAAUGA